CCCACGUGUGCCCCUGGCGAACAUGCAAGCUCAUUGACUGCUAAAUCAGGAAAUGCCUUUUAAAACCACAAGCCCAGAUUCAAUUCGAUGCGUUCUUUUGAUUCUAGUCGUUCGAGGGUGUUUAAUAAUCAUCGAGAGACUUGACGAGUCGUUUUAGAAAGAGCCAAACGAAAGAUUUGAUUCUGCAGAAUGAACAUCUAGACAGAUAAAGUUAGGUGAACGCUGAAAGUUUGUAGGUGAGACAUCAUGCCAAAAACGAAAAGCGACGAGUACACUUUUGUCAGUCCAGCUGUGAAAUAUUUACUUUUCUUCUUCAACAUGAUAUUUUGGGUAAUUGCACUGAUCCUCAUAUCUAUUGGAGUUUAUUCCAGGAUUGUUAAACAUGAGACAGCGCUGGCCUGUCUGACGGUGGAUCCUGCUCUGUUAUUGAUGAUAGUGGGCAUUCUCAUGUUCUUCAUCACGUUCUGCGGCUGUGUGGGUUCUCUGAGAGAGAACAUAUGCUUACUGCAGACAUUCUGCAUCAUCUUGACUAUCAUCUUUCUGCUGCAGCUAGUGGCUGGUGUUCUGGGUUUUGUCUUCUCAGACAAGGCACUUGGCAAAGUAACAAAAAUGGUUAACAACGCCAUCAAGCAUUACAGGGAUGAUAUAGAUCUUCAGAACCUCAUUGACUAUGGCCAAAAACAGUUUAACUGCUGUGGGGGGAUCUCUUAUUUGGAUUGGUCUCAGAACAUGUACUUCAACUGUUCAAAAGAGAACCCAAGCAGAGAGCGCUGUUCUGUGCCCUUCUCCUGCUGCCUGAUCUCCAAAGAGGAGGCUGUUAUAAAUACCAUGUGUGGUCAUGGAGUGCAGGAGCUGGAAUAUCUCGCAGCUGGUGCCUUCAUUAACACCAAUGGCUGUAUUGAUAAAAUGGUGAACUGGAUCCACAGUAACCUGUUUCUAUUGGGAGGCAUCGCUCUGGCCCUGGCCAUCCCACAGUUGGUUGGGAUCAUUCUCUCUCAGAUCCUUAUUAAUCAAAUCCAGGAUCAGAUUAAACUACAGAAUUAUAACCAACAGCAUCGCUCAGACCCCUGGAGCUGAAACAGUUGAGAAACAAAACUCAAAACGGUUUUAUAGAAAGCUUGGGAACUCGUUGCAGCCUGCAAGUGACUGACAUGGACUGGAUUCUGAAUAAGAAGAACUGGUCUGAAGAACGGGCAACCAAGACACAUUUUCAUAUGUAAGGUCAUUUGUAUGAUAUUUUAGAAACCAGAAUGUUUGUAGAAAUAGUGUAAGAAAAACUGAAGAUCAAGAGGUCAAUAAAACUAUUUUGGGAUAUUU